AUGGCUUGCUUAAAUACAUAAUAUGAGGAAAUAAAGCUUGCGCUAUUGAAUAUGGUAUGUGAAUACAAACAAUUCUCAAAUCAAAUGAUAAACAGGCAACAUGAAAAAGUUAAAAAAGCUGAAACAAGUUCAAUAUUUCUAAUUUAUAUUUCUUUUAGUUUUAAGAAAUAACAGAAUAAAGUGGCUAAGAAGAUAUAUGCCAGAAAUUAAAAAUUAAUAUAUAUUAAUCCCUGAGAGUUUGAAUCGCCAAAAUGAACCCCUAUAAAAGCAGAAAACUUGCACUGAUUAAACAACCUAAAACGACAAUGAUGGGAAUGCUCAAAUCUAUGGUUUGAAAUUAUCUAUCAUUUUUCAGGAACCAUUUUAUAAGAAAUAGAAAAUUUUCUAGUAGCCUAGCAUUUUAGUUUGAUCCCAACAUAAGAAUAAAUUAAUUCUAAUAGAUGUAUAUAACUCAAAUAAAUUAUUUAAGGAGAGACUUUACAUUUAUUGUUUUUUAAUAUAAAUCUAUCUAUAAUGAAAAAUAUUCAAUUAAAGGAGGCUUUGCUCGCAAUUGAUGAGACAAUUAAAAAUACUCUAGUAAUCCAAGAAAUUAUGAAUUAAAAUGCAGAAUUAAUAAUUGAUGCAAAUGUUUUAUUGUGGUUUUGCAAAUCAUAAAUUUCUACUAUUCAUGAACCGGCUUACGGAGGCACUAGAAUUUGCAGAAAAAGCAAUAGCAAAUGA